AUGAAUCAGCCAACAAAGGAAGAGCUUGAGGUAAUAUACGAAGGUCAGGAGUGCCAUGAUUUCCUAUUUUGGGUGGAUGACGUGCGACUACUUCCGUAUCCCCUAGGUAUUAACCUUUUUGAGCAUCUGCAGCGGACUCUGAAUUGGCAAUCUUUAUUGGGAGCGUACCCAAAAGAAUUCAGUGCUAGGUUGUGGGACAUGAUUAUGGAAUAUGCAAAACAGAGGCGUCGUGAUAUUGAAUUUCUAAGCCUGCAUCUCAUUGCUACUUCAGUAGGAUGCUCUGGCACAAGGCUCAAUAUAUUCGAACCUGUUGAGACCAUCGAGAAAGAGGCCUCAAGAAUUGAGAACCUAUUGCUCGUAUUUGGUGAAGAGCAUAUUGACUUUCCAGCUACCUACCCUGACUUAUGCGGAACUCUGUACCCUUUUCUCGACUCUCACCAUGAAUUCCUCCGGCUGCUGAAACCAAACCCCUCAUUACCUUUGGCUCCUGUAGCACCUCGAACUGAAAUAGUCCCAGCACUUUGGGAAGAAACUUUUAAAUAUCAUGCAAUGCAAUCUAUUAACCAAUCAGCCCAUGCUUCAAUGGUUCAGGUCCUCGCAGAUAAGAAUACAGAAUACACACACCUGCUUUCUCAUGCACACCCUCGUCUCAUACCUAGAAUGUCUCUUCAUAGUUCUCAAUCUACCUUUACGGUCUAA